AUGCCCGAAUAUUGGAAAAUCUCACGUUUGCUUCAUCUUUUAGUUGCCCUACCAACAGCUUCUAGCAGUUUCCAGCUCUGGAAUCGAAAUAAUUCAUGAGAUUCCCGAUCCACCUUUACCGAACCGAAUCAGAAACACCCAGCCGAAAAGACUUGUCCAAAUCUAUGCUCGAGAUGAAAUCAAUGGCAGGUCUGUUACGCGCAGAGGCCAAUGUGGUAGCAAGGGAAAGAACGACCAAUGGGAAGACUGUGAAUUAGGUCCUGUCGUGACGGUCGAAAUCGAAGUCUGCGAAGAGCCCCUUAUAUAUGAUCCCGAUUCCUGCGCAGUUGAGCGCUUACCCAAUUGGGCCCGUGGGCCAUGGCGGAAGCCUCGAUCAUUUGAGUUCAUGACAGCGCGCGGAAAGAGGGGUCUUGCUCUGGUCGCUAAUCCGAAACAAGGCGGUCAUUGUUCAGCCGUCGUGAAGAUAAGCAUUGGAAGAUCAUCUCCAAGAAAUAAUGGCAAAACCUAUGUGGCUAUUGUUGCUCAUUCCAUUUUCUCAACCAGGGACGCCAAUCGCUUUGUACAUGGGGCAGACGGCUUUCUCAGACUUGAUGAGAAUAGUAAUAUCGUUCCUCUUCCAGUUGCAGAAGUCGCUGCCAAAGCCAUUCCAGUAUCUCAGCUCGUUUAUUUUGCUGCUAAGCAAACGAACCUGCUCGAUGGCGAGCGUCCGCCUGAAAGGUACUUUUUGGUUUUGGACAUUGUGGAAAAUCCCGACACACAACGUGCCAUGGAGAAAGCGGUAGCCGCCCUGCCAGUGGUCAAUCCAGUCGAUCCGGAUACCACUCUACGCGCGAAUGCUGGUGGUGUUGAAGGGGAAAUGUUUGCUCUUCUAGCCGGUACUGACCCCGUCUAUUUAUGGCUUAAUACUAUCGGUCGUAAUCCGGACACCUUUGGGCGUUACAAGAUUAGCAGUUUCAAGAUUCGAGAGGCUCUAAGCUAUCCUUCUUGGAUGAUUACUAUUGAACUAGUUAGGAAGUAA